AUGUCCGUCCUUGUGCGCGAGAACACGCGUCACGUGCCGCAGGCUCAACCUCACUUCCCGCACAGCACCGCAAGGUCUCCAGGACCCCGCACGCCUGCGUCCCGGGCCCCGUGCGAGGCUGAACCCGGCCCCAGUCCGGCGGCGGUGCUGGACUUGGUUCCAGGGCCCCGGGAGUCCCAGGGCCCACUCCGGCCGGGGCCUCCACAGCAGCCCUCAAACGGCGGGAAGGCCACGUGGGCAGAGGCCACGCCCCUCGUUUGUCAUCCGCGCAGGCCCCGCCCAGCCGCGCCUCAGCGCCGCGGUCCCUCAGGCGGCCGAGGCCGCGCGCACCGACCGCACAGGGACGCCCUCAGCCCUGCCUUCACCCUGGAGGAUGUCGGCGGCCUGGAGCCCUUGAAGCCAUUGCUGGGGACACCAGCUCAAGGGAGAAGCCGCCGAGAGCCAACACCACGCCGGGCCCAGGAGCGGAGGCGGCUUGGCGGGAUGGCGCUGAGGAACAGCGUUUCCGGAGGGCAGAGCGCCGUCCCGGCCUCAGAACUGACGCUCAGAGGGAGGAAGACGAGGGAGCGGCGCGCACAGCUUCCUGGGAAGAGCGAGGCUCCUACCGUUGAAGAACACUUGCCAGCUUUUUUUAUCCUGUUGAUUGACAUUGUGUUGUUUCCAGGCCCUUAUAAAGGAAAGAUGGACCAAAAUAAAAUAUCAAAAUCUCAGGAGGAUAUGAGAAGCCUGAGAGGCCCAGCCCUCAAGAGUAAGCACCAAGAAGUGACAAUUAAAAAGCAAAACAAUAUAAUGAGAACCAUACAUAAUCUGUAA